GAGUAACUUACGGCUACAGCAGUACAGCACAAAACAAUCACUUUAAUUUUAAUCUAUUUUCAAAUUUUCAAUCGUAUAAGAGGCCAUUAAAUAAAAUAUUUUAAAAAACUCAUUCUUUGGUUAAAAUAACUUAAUAUUAUUACAAGUGACGUGUGCAUGUGUAAAAUAAUGUAUAGUUGUUAAGUAUAUAGAUAAACAUUCAAACAUAUUUCAAAGUUUCAUUUAAAAUGGGGUUGAUGACAGUUCUGAAGAAAAUGAAACAGAAGGAAAAAGAGAUGAGAAUCUUAAUUUUAGGUUUGGAUAAUGCUGGGAAAACAACAAUACUAAAAAAAUACAAUGGAGAGCCAACUAAUACAAUUGAACCAACAUUGGGUUUUAACAUUAAAACAUUAGAUCAUAAAAGCUAUAAACUAAAUGUGUGGGAUGUUGGUGGUCAAAAGUCAUUGCGAUCAUAUUGGCGUAAUUAUUUUGAAAGUACUGAUGGCCUUAUUUGGGUUGUUGACAGUGCUGAUAAAAGAAGACUAAGUGAUUGUACUACGGAAUUGCAUAGUUUAAUUGAAGAAGAGAGAUUGGCUGGAGCUACAUUAUUGAUAUUUGCGAAUAAACAGGAUUUACCAGGUGCUUUAUCAUCAGAAGAAAUAAAAGAGGUUUUACAAUUAGAUCGAAUUAAAACUCACCAUUGGAAAAUCAUACAUUGUAGUGCAUAUACUGGCGAAAACUUGUUGGAAGGCAUCAACUGGAUGGUUAGCGAUAUAUCUGCUAGAAUAUUCACACUUGACUAAAAAUGUCAGCUUUUAAAAAUUAAAUUGUUUGUGUAGAUCAAACAUUCCUUUAUCAAGUGUUCGUAUUGUUUAUUAACUUAUAAUAUAACCAUGCAUAAGUAUAAUAAACAAAGAAAUAAUUAAUAUACAUCAUAUAAUAAUUAUUUUUAAUUUUAAUUUUGUCUUUUAAAACACGUACUAAUUUUAUAGUGAGCUUAUUGUACUUUCAUUAUUUAAUAAAUAUUUAUAUUUUCAUACUUGUUAUUUACUCCUGUUAUGUUUAACAUUUAAGUUUAA